AUGGCUACCAACACCUCCGAACAAAAGGUGACCAAGUAUGCGAUAGGCCCCAUGGAAUCACUACCGCUGUGUCCCCGUAUCGACUGGAAACUGCUGGAGAUACAACUCGCAGAGCGACUGAUUUCAACAACCAGCAAGAUGUUUUCUAAAGCUGUGUUCGCUCUUAUCCUCACGCUCUUUGCCAGCAUUGCCUUGUCGAUUGAUCAAAAGAAGUGGGCCUUGAUCAAUCUUGAGCGAAAGUGUCAGAGUAAACCCUCGUCCUGCGACUACAACUUCUUUAUCAACGAGGAUGAGGGCAAGAUCUUCCCAUGCAGCUUCCACAUUGUCUCUCUGCUUCCCGACAUUGUGAUAGCCUCAAACCUUACAUUUUCGGGGAUGAAAUGUUCUGGGACCGACAAGUACGAUAUCAAUGCCGAUGUUAGUGACCAAGGACGAAGCCUACUUCUUUCUGUGGCAAAUCCCAACGAAGGGGUAGUUGCAUUUUUCCGGUACAAGGACGACGAGAUCAAGGAGGGAAACAACACUAAACCGCAGACCUCGGAGCUGUUCCCUCUGAUACCACCCGAGGACGAAAAGAAGCCCUUGUCCAAAAGCCGAAAAGGCAAAGGGCCAGCAACUGAGGACUCCUUGGAAUACGCUACAAAAUGGAGACUCUUUUCUCCCCUUCGAAGAAUCCGCGACGGCAUUGGCAAGAAUGUUCUCGAUAUGGCAUUUAUGCUCGUCGCAGAUGACAGGGGCGGUAUGAUAUGCAACAUUCACUUGGUCUGGCCUACAGGGAAGAAUGCCCAAACUCAAAGCUUUUUCAACGAAAAGUGCACGAAUAACGACUGGCAUGUCUCAUGGGGCUACAAUGAGGACCAAGGAAGCGCCGUAAUGACUGUCAUCAAGUAA